AUGGCUUCAGCGACAGGCGACGGGGCCCCUCUGGCUCCACCUCCUCCUCCUCCUCACUAUCAGCAGGCGCCCGUGUACCAAACACCAGAUUGGGAAGCCCACACGAGGUCGCCGCGGCAUUCGUUCCUCUCUCGCUUCCUCCCCUCGGCUGCAGCAGCUACACUCCUCGCACGCGGGCGGGAUGAGAACCACACAGCAGGACACCAUGAUCUCGAGGCUUCCACAAAAGAAGCAAAUGCUCCUGGUGCACAGGGAAAUGGAAAUGGAGCUGCUCCACGAUCUGUCGAAUCCACCCUACCCGCCGCCGCAGCCGCAAGCACCGGUGCAAUGACCGGCCAAUCCCCGUCGAUGCGACAACGGCUGGACAGCAUAUUACCCCCCCACCGAACCUAUUUCGGGCGCUCGCGCCGCUUCAUCCUCCUCUACGUCCUGCUGCCGCUCGCCAUACUACUAUUCAUCAUCUUGCCCCUCGCCAUCGGCCUCGGUGUCGGCCUAUCUCGUCGCAAUGGCGUUGAUUCGUCAAGCCUGCCUCUCCCCUCCAACACGGCGACGUUCACGGGCGAUUUGACUUUUUACGACCCCGGACUGGGAGCCUGCGGAGUGACUUCAACGUCAAACGACGACAUUGUUUCGGUCAGCCACAUCAUCUUUGAUGCGGCGAGCACCGGCAGCAACCCCAAUGCCAAUCGCUUGUGCGGCCAGAAGAUACGCAUCGAGCGGGCAAAUGGGAGUGGCGGCAACAACAGUGUAGAUGUCACCGUUGUGGAUCGCUGCACAGGUUGUGCGGCGGCCGAUCUUGACGUGACACUCGCAGUCUUUACGCAGUUGGCGCAAGAGGAGGAGGGCAGAGUGCAGAUGAGCUGGGCUUGGCUGAGCUGA